AUAUUAAUGUAAAAAAUGUCAACUUCUGCUAGAAUGAGUCUUCUCACAUUACGAGUAACAGGGGAUAGAAAACCUAUCUCCAAAAGGAGCAAUUGGGAUGGCACAAGCUUGAAAGAUAUCAUUGAUGAAUGCUUAGGUGAGAGUUGCAAACAGCACGAUGUCUUGAAAGAUGACAUUGAAAAACUAAUAGCAGUGACAACUGUGGAGCAUCAGCUGUCUCAGUUAAAAGUGAUUCUAUCAAAGUACUCACAGAAGGAGAAUGAGGGAUGUUUGGUAUUCAAACUGUGCUCAAAAAUUUACUUCAGUGUUGAUCCAAAACAUCCACUCAGGAGUGGUAUAGUUCGGCUACUGACAACCACCUCCAGUAGCAAUGUGUCCAUAGAAGAGAAAUUGAUAACUGAGUUGAAAAGUAGUUUGAAGUGGACUGUGUCAAAGCACACAGCGCAUCAGCCAUUUUGCUGCAAUGAAACCAGUGACAUGAUCACCAAACUGAGCACUCUCUAUGAGAACUUUCCUCUUGGAGCGUCUGCCAUAUCGUCAUGUUCGGUCGAAGUCAUUGACUGCAUUUGUAGCUGCCUAAAUGAGUGCCAAACUGUUCUUGAAACUUCAGACCUACCUCCAGCAACGAAGCAAGACGUGUGUAAUUGUGUCCAUGCCGCCGUGCGUUUGGGAGUGCAGAUGCUACAGAACUCGCAAACGACAUUGGAUCACGACUCUGUGCAGAAGAUGAGCUCAAAAGUGCACAAACUGAUGGAGUUUUCUGUCCUGCCCUUGGACACAACUAGGAAUUGUGGACUGCUCAUGGUUUUAUCCCAAAGAUUUGUCUGUGGACGAGAAGGGUGUGUCAAGCUGUACGAGGAGGUGAUAUCUAACCCCAAUAAACUCAUUGUUAUAACAAUAAGUUCAGGCCUACUGACGGGCCUACCAAUUGAUGAUUUAUCAGCUGAUAACUGUUCACUCUUCAAAAAGAUAUUCGUCACUCUGAAGAUAAUUUAUCAAAGAAACAUGGCCGACUGUUCACUGCUGCUGUGCCUGACCCGGGCAUUGUUGGCGCUUUCCAAGUCGACGCUGCUGCAUGCCGCGGCCGUCUGCCAAGUGCCCGAUCUGCUGCAGUUCCUCAUCAGCUUCACGUGGACCCAUCUCGACCACCACAUGGACAGCGUCUGCCAUCUCUCCAACUCUAUACUCGCCAACAUUGUCAAGCUGGGAUCCGAGUCUCAAAACUCCAUAAAAGAAUUGGGCAUUCUGAAGAGUAUUCUGACGCUGACAGUGAAAACGGCCGCCUGGAAAAAGGCGAAACAUGCCGCGCUAAUAGCACUGGCCGGAGUGUUGCCCACUUCGGAAAUACUGGCAGCUGACCCAGGCCUCGUCGAAACCCUAUUGGAGCUACUGCAACAGCCGACUGUGCCCAGUUAUGCAGUGAACAGCGUGGAGAAGUUGAUGCUGACACACUUGGGUGAAGUGGACCUGUCCACUUGGACGGCAGUGUGGCUGGAUCCGCUGCUUGCCUCCAUGGAGGACCAGGUGGGCCAAACUGAACCGUUUGGGCUCAAACAGGUGCUCACCAAGGCUGUUCGAUUCUCGCCUCAUAUUGUCAACAGUGUUCUCAGCUCUGAUAAACGUAAUUGGAGUGUAUCAUUGUCCUGCCUACAAGCAUGCCGCAAAUGGGGACUGACUAUUUCAAGUGAAGAAGAUGUGAAUAAAUGGAGAGGAUUGGCAGGCUACUCGUUCCUACAGGAAGCGAUUUGCGACAAAAAUUGUCAGGUUAGAUUGGCAUGCUUCACACUUUUGGUGGAUUGUAAGAAAACAACAGAGCUGUUUAUUAUGGAAGAGCUGCUGCUUUUGAAAAGUUUCUUUGAACUGAACAUAAGUGAGAAUAAUGUGGCGGCCCGUCACCAGAUGUUGAGAGUGGUUGGCAAGCUUUUGACAAGAUUGAAAGAUAGUUUGCAAACCUUCCUGAAGACAUCAAAGAAUAAAAUCGAUGAGGAGAAAAUCGAAGCGGUUGAGAAGAACUACAACGAUUUUUGUGAAUGGCUUGUUCAGUACUGUUUCGCCAAUUUAUUCCCAGGUGCGAGUUUACACAGGAGAAGUACAGCGCUAUCAAUUCUGCAAAUGAUUCUGAAAACAAGCCUUUGGCGUGAAUCUGCCAAUACUGUGGAAAAUGCUAAACUUUUGCUUCUAUCGCUGACUGACACUUAUGAAGAGAAUAAAUGUCUUGCUAGCGAAUUGAUUAUCAGUAUGCCGGCACAUUUGUUCAACUUUGAUAAGGAGGAUUGCGUGAAAGAAACGUUUGAGAAGUGCGUUGAACUGGCUUCGGGUAUUCGACCGCCUGACAGUGUGACAGCUGCAUAUCUACUGGCAACACUCGUCAAAAUCCCCGAAGCUGGACAACAUAUUUUAACGAUCACCAACAAACCGGCUAUCAGAGUACUGGGCAGUGAAUACUGUACUAUCAGUUCAAUAAUGGAUAAACUCAGUGAUGAACUGAUUGUGGCCAAGAAGGAUAUUGUAAAAGCAGCGCUCUCUGGACCUCUCUAUGGACAUCUCUUUCUUAUUCGUCACAUUCUUGAACAAAUUGACUUGAGUUGCCUGAGUGAAAGUGAGGAAUGGAGAGCUGUGAUUGGUCGGCUGCUGACCUUGUGCUAUGAAUGCAGCGCAGCCGUUGCCAGUGUUGUCAACAGUGAAUCACCCGAGGGACUCAUACCUACUGAAGACGAUUACGUUGAACUACUGUCUACGUUGUCGUUGGGUGCCGCCGAGGACCCCAUAAAGGAGACGGCUCAAGUAGUGCUGUUGUGUUCGUGGAGGACUGUUAAAGAGACGUCACUACUACUCGGCCAUCUUGCCAAGCAUGCCACCAUUACACAGGGUGAGACUACAGGUCAGUACGCAUGA